AUGGCGCGUGUGGAUCGUUGGUUUUCCCUCUUGGCCGGUAGAAGGAUGCGUGCUUGCUUUGUGCGCCUGGCUGAUACAGGACUGGCGAUAUUUGCAGCUCUUGACAGGCAUCUUGGGAAUCCCGUGUUUAUUUGCAUGGUUGUCAAUGAAUAUUUUGUCAUUUUUCAAAGGUUUGGUCGUAGAAUCACAGCUAUCAUAUGUUACACGAUUGUUGGUAUCAGUGGCUUUAUUGUCGGCGUUGUACAAACUGUUGAGGUUCCAAACCGCGAUGCUCUCACAAACGGGUUUGCCCUGUUAGCCCACAUUGGUAUUACCAUGGCAUGGGGACCGGUACAAACGAUGACCAUCGAACUGUAUCCAACUGUCGUCAGAAAUAUUGCAUUUGGAACAUUAAGUGUGAUGGGAAGAAUUGGCGCCAUGAUUGGUCCUCAGUUAGUCUACUUGGAUUCGCAUGUUCCUGGUUUGUUGUACUAUGUGUGCGGGGCAGUGUCUGUGGUAUGUGUCACUGGAACAUCUGCACUUCCGGAGACAAUGGACGCCGACCUCAAUGAUAAAAUUGGACAAAUGAAAGUGAAAAGUGUUAGAAACAAUCAAAUUAGAAAUGGUGUCGUCUGAUGAAGCAUUGACUCAAAUCAUACAGUAGUAAGAUUGCAUGCAAGUGUGUAUUCAGAGAAAUCUGCGCUAUAAAUGGACAAUGUGUCACAUGAUAAUCUAAAUCCAUCAGAUACCUAGUACUUGUAUAGGCGGAUAUAAUUUUUGUUGCAUUUUGUUGCCGAAUGGUUCACAUCUCAUUGUAUAUACCUCGGUGUUCCAGUUCACAUGUUUCUUACUGCAUUUGUUUACUGCACACUUCACACAAUUAAUCGAAGUACAUGUAUAAUAAUUAACACUAACAUUAGCUAUGAUUCAUUUUACAAUUUACCUAUAGCUGUAUGGUUCAUUUAGCACUGGACCUCGAGUUUAUUUAACAUCUAUGGACCUACACCACUGUGGUCCUAUUUUAAGCUAAAGGGCCUACUGACAUCAGACCAGAAGGAAAAUGCUAUUGUACAUGUCAUACUAUACACCUAUGUAUACUAUGAAAACCAUAGUAAAACGAAAAAAUGUACUAACCCAUUUCAGCAAAUGGGUACCAUGAAUGUUGAAAACUGGUAAUUUCUCUUCAAUCGGACACUAGCUACAUUUUCUGUGUAUUUCUUAUCUCAGAAACAUUCUACGUAUUUUAUAUUUUCGUCUACGUUAUAAAAACUAUAAAAUAUUCUUCCAAACUUUCGCAGAUGUUUUCAAAUUAAGAACUUCCUUAUUGAUUUGAAGUUCUUCAUGCUUACAAUAAUAGGACAGUGUUCUGAAGUACUUGAUCACAUAUUUUCUAAAGCCUCGAGAACGUUACUUUAUUAGCAAGCUAAAAUGCAUGUAGUCAUUUUAAAUUUUCAUCGCAGAAUAAUGACAAAAACAAUAAUAACAACAAAUAUAAUUUCAAAUUUUAUAAUAAUGGGACACAACUCAGAA